UUACGUCGUAUCGGGAGCGGUCUUGUACUUCUGGACUUUGGUGAAAGAAUAGUUUUAGGGAAGCGAGGGCGUCUUCGCCAUGAUGCCGUCUCUAGCCGGAGGGCGAUUGUUAUGGAGCAUACAUCCCUGCUGCGCGGUGCGUAUAUAACACGUAGCCUGAACAAAAUCUCCCAUUAUCCCGAUACCCUGUCUCACGACAGACGCUGCAAACUCUUGACUAUUCACUGCAACGAACAAGAUGGGGCGUUGGACGCAAUAUGACGAGGACGAGUAUCGCCUCCCACAGGGUAUGCAACGUGUAGCAUAUGAUGCAGACAGCGGCAAGUACUAUUUCAAGGACGGGGGCGGAAACUUGUGGGAAGGUGCUGAAGGUGCGCAGUACGGUGGGCUGAAGCCAGCCGGCAGCACGCCGGUUUUGCGAGUUGAUGUACAAGAAGAAAACGAAGAUCUGGAGGCCGCUGGGCGACGUCCAGACGGCUACCAGCCCCUCGCGCCAGGUGUUGAUGCUGCGUCUCAUGGUGCACGCAGUAUGAAUUCUCAAGCAUACCGCACCCUCUUUCCUUUCUUCAUGAUUAUUAUUGUCGCCCUACUCCUCGUCUGGCGUCUUGUUGGCUCACGCAUACGUGACGACGGCCACCCCGAGGUGUCCUUCUGCACUGGUGAUACGACCGCAUACCGCGUUCAAGCAGAGGACACAUGCUGGGACAUCUCACAAGAGCACGGAUUCUCGUUGAAGCGACUCCGAGAAGCGAACCAAGGUUUGGACUGCGACCGCCUGACUCCCGGAGAGAUCAUUUGCCUUCCCCCUAGUGACCCGCAACGACGAUAGUUAUUUGUAUAUGUCUAUUUUUUUUGACUCGUUUUAUCUCAUCUGGAUCUCUG